CAGUGUCGUGCCUUCGUCGCGGCAUCGUGUUACAUGCAUCGACCUAUUCACGUAGUGUGAAAGUUCACACAAGGUGCACCUGUAAACCGGUUUCCUUUUGAAGCGACUCUAGCGUCAGUCUGCUUUGGAUGUUGGAUAGAGCAAGGGAUAGAUUAACAUUGAACAACGGAGGGACCCACAAAAAUGGCGGAUAAAAUAAUAGUUCUCAUCACUGGCUGUUCAUCGGGGAUUGGACUGGCCACAGCGGAGCUUCUCGGCAAGGAUUCUGACCGUCGCUUCAGGGUCUACGCUACCAUGCGAGACCUGCUCGACAAAAACAAGGGGCCGUUGGAGUCUGCCGUCGGCGGGGAAGGUGCUGGGAUUCUUGGCGAGACGCUCUUCAUACGGGAGCUGGACGUGAGCAAAGACGGGGACCAACAGGGUGCGGUGGAUGCGAUAAUUGCAAAAGAGGGUCGCAUUGAUGUAUUGGUCAACAAUGCUGGGAUCAACUCGUGGGAUUCGACUGACACACCAUCGAUAGAGACAUGCCAGGAGGUAUUUGAUGUCAAUUUCUGGGGAGUGUCUCGUAUGAUGAGAGCUGUACUGCCCUCUAUGAAGGAAAGACGAUCUGGAAGAAUCAUCAACACCACCAGUAUAUACACUCUCGUAUGUCCUCCAUUCCAAGCCUACUACACGGCCAGUAAGUUCGCGGUUGACGGCAUGACCCAGUCGAUGGCCCCGCUGCUGAAGCUCUACAACAUCUGGGCCAUCCUUGUUCAGCCUGGCAUAGUCCUCACCGAGAUGACCAAAGGUCUGGAAAAUCCCAUAGAAUUCGUGACCAACACACCAAAGAUGGCGGGCUUCGAUAGCGUGGCUACAGAAGCAUUCGUAUACAACGCGACCCGUGAGCCGGUACAGAAAAUGGUCGGUGCAGUACAGGUACCAGACCAAGUUGCAAGCGUAAUCAAGGAGGCUGUGCUUUGUGAGAAGCCAAAGCUUUGGUAUCGUUCCAGUGAAUUCGUGGAGCAGGUGGCAGCAAGCAAGCUGGUUCAGCCGGAGGGAGACGGUAUCUACGAUUUGCUCUCUCCGAAACAAUAAUUAUCUGUUUAAAAACUUUACAUUGAGCUAUCGCGCAGUCAGCUACUGACUACCAUGGUAUUAAAACAAAAUUGACUCAUUAACGGUACGGGCAAAAAUCACGAUUUUUUUUUAAAGAUCCCUUAUGGAACAUAGCAGGAUAACACUUUUACCAGCAUAAUUUAAAAUGGCAAUAUUCAAACUAUAACUCUGAGGUCUCGAAAUCAAAUUCGUUAAAAAUUACUUCUUUCUCGAAAACUACAUUACUUCAGAGGGAGCCGU